AUGCCAGUGCUAGUCACCUACGCGACUUGUCGGGGCUCGACGCGAGAAGUGGCCGAACGCAUCGCCACGCGUCUCUACGAAGAUGGCUUUGCCGUCGACUGUCGACCUGUCGACCAUGUUUUCAGUGUCGAGAACUAUACCGCAGUCAUCCUGGGCAGUGCCGUACAUUCCCACAGAUGGCUUCUCGACGCUCUAAAAUUUCUCGACGUCGAGGCCAUGGAGUUGCAAUUGGUACCCUUCUGGGCAUUCAGUCUGGCCAUGUCACCGCACGGGCUUCCCAAUCGGAUUGGAAGGAAGAUGGCCAAGAAGGAAAGGAGGAGGAUUGAAGACAACCUUUUGAGGAAAGUGCCCAAGAUCAGAGAGCAUCGGAUGUUUGCAGGAAAGCACGAUGGCUCGUCGGUGCCUGGUCCUUUCCGGAGCUUGUACAGGUGCCUAGGUGGGAGGUUUGGAGACAUGCGCGACUGGACUGAGAUCGAUGCUUGGGCGGAUCAGAUUGCGAAGCAGUUGCAUAUUGAGCACGCUUGA